AUGAGCCCCUUUGCCGGUAUUCUGCUAGCAGCUGCGUCUGCGCUUCAGACGCCGGCGUUCGUGCUCCGCCGCGCGCUGCCAAGCGGCGUGGCACGCGCUAGAGCUCUGGAGAUGGAUGCACCCACGAGCCGCGGCGCACGCGGCCGCUUUCAGCCGGCCGUCCUCGCGGGGAACGCGAGCGCCGCUCUGGCGAGCGCAAAGGUGGCGCUGCGGCAGCCGCCGACGACGGCCGCGGCCAAGGUCGGCCUCGUGCGCGAGGUGAACCAGCUGCUGCGGCUGCUCGGCGACCGCGGCGCGCUGGCCGAGGCGGGCGAGGUCUUCCGCGCGAUGCUCGAUGCGAGGCUGACGCCGACGCAGGUGACGUACGGCACGCUCAUCGCCCGCGCGGGCACCUGGCGCCAGCCGCGGCUCGCGACCGCCUACUACAAGGACAUGCAGCGGCGCGGCAUCGAGCCCGACACGCUCACGCACAACUCGCUCAUCAAUGCGUUCGCAAAGGCGCACGACCUCGAAAAGGCGCUCGCGGUGGCGGCGGCGAUGCGGCGGCGCGGUCUCACGCCGACGACAGUGACGUACAACACUCUGCUCGACGGCUGCGCGCGCGCCCGCAACCUCACCCUGGCCGCGGCGACUCUUGCAGAGCUGCGCGCCGCGGGGCUGGCGCCGAGCGAGCGGCCUCUCCCGAUCUGGAUCCCCGGGUGCGGAUCGGCGGAGUCCUCUGGGGUCGGGGCGCGGUCCUGGGGGCCGGGCCGCCUUCUGCCGGGGGGCUGCCUGCAGCACGGCGAGGUGCUGCUCGCGCGGGAAGUGCUCUCGUACAUGACCUCCGCCGGCAUUGCGCCCUCCGCCCACUCCUUCACCACCCUCCUCCACGCCGCCGCCUCGCGCCGCCGCCUCACCGCCACGCCGCACACGGAGCGGGGCGGCGCGACCAAGAGAGGGGGCGUCGGGCCGCCGUCGGACGAGCUGCGGGCCGUCUUCGCCGUCUUCGGAGAGAUGCGCGCCUCGGGCGUCUCGCCCGACCGCGCCGCCUUCAACGCGCUCGUGCACGCUUGCGCGCGGGAGGGAGACGUGCCUCGCGCCGAGGGCGCGUUCGGCGAAAUGGUAGCGGCGGGGAUCGGCCCCGACGCCAUCUCGUACACGUGCUUGCUCAAGGCCUGCGCCGUCGCGGGCGACCACGUGCGCGCCGAGCGCAUCUGGGUCGAGAUGCAGCAGCGCACCAACCACUACUCGACCUACACGCCGCCCACGCCCCACUCGUACGCCCACCUGAUGGCGGUGCAGCGGCGCGCGGGCAACGCGUCGCGGACGCUGCAGCUGCUCGAGGAGCUCCGCGCGUCGGGGCUCACGCCCUCGACGGUGCACUACUCGCUCGCCCUCCGGGCGUGCGAGCAGCACCGCGAGCUGCCAAACAGCCUGCAGCGCGCGCUCGCCCUCUACUCGCAGAUGCGGGCGCAGGGCCUCCGGCUCGACUCGCGCGGCCUCCUCGCGGCGACCCGCCUGUGCGACGCGCAUGGCCGACCCGACCUCUCGGCGCGCCUGAGGCAGGAGCGCUCGAUGGACCUGCCAUUCGGCGGCGCCGGGAAGCAACGCCGCAGUGGCGGCAACAGCUGA